UGCUGGCAAGAGCUUACCGGAGGUAUAAAAGUCAUGAUUUUGUUCUAGAAUCCGAGAUAUCCAUUAAAACUUGCAUGAAAUCCCCCCCCCCCCGCCUCAGAAUAUUUUUUCUUACGAGACAAAAUACACAUCAACCAUUCUCUUCUUUCGUAUAGUGAUAUACAGAAUAUGGCCAUCUAUGAUGUAUAUCAUCAUACAGGCGUCAGACUGCAGAGUUGGUCAAUGUCGCACUCGAUAUUUUUUAGGCAAAAAUUUCAGCACACCUGGGGUGUACUGUAUAACAAUUGUUUCAAUUUAAUCUGCCGUCAAAUCUCUAAUUUUCAUUCCUUGACUGCAUCUUGAUGCGCACUUGGGAAUUGUUUUGUGCACCUGUUCGUUGCUAACAUUUGUCCACCCGAGAUCUUGUUGAAAAUUGCCCAACUCUGCAGUCUGGUACAGGUGAACUUUAGAAAAUAACAUUUGGACAGUGUUGAAUAAUCAAUGGUCAAUUGGUCAACUCUGUCUAAUGCCAGAUUAUUUUACUUUGUACAAUGCCAGACAACGUUAUACUUGUCAAGGGAGGAAUCAUGUGUAAUAACCAAAAUUCAUACUAACAAAAUAGUGAACGGGGUGUGAGUUUGUCGGUUAACCGAGUCAAAUCCGAGCCCGAGUCAAAUGUCCAAGUCAUUGUUUAAUCGAUGGUCUUUGCAAUUCAAUGACUUAGUAGCCUAAUCCUAACCAUAAUCCCACUCCUAAGUUACCCUAACCCUAUUCAACUGUGAAUUUUAUUUAUUUUAUUUCGGAGUUUGUCGGUUACUGACUGACUCAAAUCCGAGUUCGAGUUAAAUGUCUGAGUCACUGUUUAACUGUCUUUGUUGGUAAAAUGACUUAGUACCCUAACCCCAAACCUACUCCUAACCCUAUUCGACUGUAAAUUUUCUUCACUUUCGUCUUUUUUUUUACUCGACUCGGGCAUUUGACUCGGGCUCGGGACUGACUCGGAUUUGACUCGGAUUUGACUCGGUAAAUGGAUUUACUCAACGGGGUGUGGGUAUAGAGACUAUAGAUAACAGACAAUUGUGGUGUUUAACAAUAUACAAAAAGCUUCAGAUUGAUAGCGAUGCAACUACUUGAAAAAUACAAGGAGAACUUCGAUGCUUCGAGCAAACUCCCUUCGUCAGGAAGUUAGUAACAUUGAAGUUCUCGUUGUUUUUGUCAGGGGUGGUUGUAUCCCUUUCUUAUUAUUGACACUAGACAUGCUCUGACUCAGACCAUUCAACAUUAAAAUAAAAAAAAUAGCGUACAAUAUAUUGUUGUUACUCUGUAGUGGCUUUCAGAAAGACGAAGAAGACUCCUUCAAAACCAAGAUGUUGGUUAGUUGCUGACCGUUAUAUUUAUCACACUUCUAAAAAUGUUGAAAAUGUUGCUAUUAAAAUACCAAAAAUGUUACUAUUCAUAAAUUUAAAAAUGUUAAAAUUUUAAUGUUAAAAUUUAAAUUUAAAAAUGUUGCAAAUUUAAAAAUGUUGCAAAUUUAAAAAUGUUGCUAUUCAUAACAAAAAUUCUUUCUGCUGCAUAGACAUACGAAGAAGGAUCGAACUUAUCCAAGAUUUUGAAAUGCCAACAGCGUCAACAAAUAUUGAAAUUUCACAAGAUGAAAACUACAUUCUGGCCUCAGGUGAGAAUUCACUGAAAUAUUUCUGGUAAUAAAAAUAAGACUUGUGGUUGCCAAUGGCCAUUAAUUUCCAGUGACAAAUGUUGGUGUUAAGAAAUUAUCUUAUUUCUUUAUUUCUAAGGUUGUUAUAAACCAAGAGUGAAGUGCUAUGAUGUAUCUCAAAUGUCCAUGAAAUUUGAACGAUGUUUGGAUUCCGACAGUAAGUAAAUUUUAAAUACCUUGUUAAUACUAACUUAAUCUAAUAAUUAAUGUAGUUAGUAAAUCUAAAUCUGUUAUUCUCCGUUAAUUUGUAGUUGUAAAAUUUCGAAUCCUCUCCGACGAUUAUUCAAAGGUGCAAGCAAAAAUACAUAAGUUACUCCAAAUUUCAUUCUGUGUGAACGAUAUGUAAAUGUGUGUUUAUUUAUUUUGUGUCUUUCAGAUUGUGUUUUUGAAUUGUGAUAGAUAUGUCGAGUUUCACGCACAAGUAUGUAAUCUCAAAUUGCAUCACUUUAUAGUCAAUAUAUUCCUACAACAUACUGUAAACUAUACAUAAUUUCCAAGGGAGCUAGAACACUUGAACUGCCUAGAAAGCAUGGCAUGUCAGUGAUUAAGCAAAUUUUAUAAUUUUCUUUGUAUCAGUAUGGCCGUUAUUAUAGAACAAGGAUUCCAAAGUUUGGCCGAGAUCUUGUCUACCAUUAUCCGUCUUGUGAUUUAUACUUGGUUGGAGAAAGGUAUAGGAUUGAUCUGAUAUUAAUCAGUGUAAAAUUUCACAUCUUUAAAUGCUAUAAUAGUUCUCCAAAAGAUACAGUGUUUUGAUUCACAUUUUCCUGAUUUCUAUAGUUCAGAAGUGUAUAGACUGAAUUUGGAACAAGGACGGUUCUUGAAUCCUCUGCAAACUGAUUCAGAGUAAGCUUUUUUGAAUGGGUGUUGCAAGAUUUUGGGGAAUAACUACUAGUACUAUAGUACUAGUAUACUUUUGUAAUCAAUACAAAUAUAUGUUGUUUUUAAGAUCUAUCAACUGCUGUGAUCUAAACCCUGUUCACCAACUACUUGCUGUUGGAACGUCUCAGGUACAUCAGGAACUAUGAAAUGAUUGAGCCAGAUUUAAGUUUGUUAUCUACAGUAGUUUUUUUUUAGUCAAAAUAGAAAGAGAGGAUAAUUUGUUUUUUAUGUUGUAUAGUGCUGUUGGUUGUUGUUGUUGUUGUUGCUGUUGCUGCUGCUGUUGUUGCUGUUGCUGUUGCUGUUGUUGUUGCUGUUGCUGUUGUUGUUGCUGUUGUUGUUACUGUUGUUGCUGUUGUUGUUGUUGCUGUUGUUGCUGUUGUUGUCGUUGUUGUUGUUGUCGUUGUUGUUGUUGUUGUUGUCGUUGUUGUUGUUGUUGUUGUUGUUGCAGUUGCUUCCUGUUGUUUAUUUUUGUUUGUAGAUGAAUAUUUUUUUGUUAGGGUCAUGUUGAAUGUUGGGAUCCACGUUCGAGAACACGCGUUGGUCAAGUUGACGUUGCUACCAAUAACCUUGGAUUAGAAAGGUUUGAAAACGUCCUGCAGUUGGAUGCAAACAUACAGUAAUAAUACUGUUCAAGAGAGUUUAUUUGCAUACAGACUGAGGUUUUUAUUGCUUGUUUUAGUGGUUCAAGUCAAAUACCAGAAGUAACAGCCAUGAAAUAUUGUAACGGACUUCUUCUUGGUGUUGGCACAAGCACUGGACAUGUGAGUAAAGAAUUUAAAGCCUGAAUUUUAACAUACAAAGUCGUCGAGAAACAAUUAAUAUACAAUCUCGCUUGAUCAUAAAUCGCUUGAAACUUGCUACUUGUCGAGAAAGAGUUCAGCCAAUUGCAUAAUUUGAUAAUAUACGAUCUCUCUUGAUUUUCAAAGGCCAUUUAAAAUCGCCACAAUGUUGAUAAUGACUAAAACUAUUGUGCACUGAACCGAAUAUACAGUAUGAACAUACAAAGUCGUCAUCCUCUUGUGCAGUUAUACAGCAUUCAUGCUCUUUCAAGCUGUGAUGACAUUUUUGUCUAGACCUGUCUGGAUCAAAAUUUUGUUCAUUAGGUAACAGGUCCAUUUAUUGACGUUUAUUGCCGUGAUGACGAUAUGAUGCUCAUUUCUUUGCGUUUUGCUCAUGAAGUACAAAUCAGAGUUAAAGAAAUAUUUCUGAUACUUUUUUCAGGUUCUUUUGUAUGACAUACGUUCUGAUAAACCAGUAUUGGUGAAGGACCAUCAGUAUGGUCUGCCAAUCAAUAGUUUGGCUUUCCAAAACGAUGUUAACAUGGUCCUUUCUACCGACUCUAAGAUUUUGAAAAUAUGGCAUAGAGACUCGGUAAGAUGAAGGAAUAUCCAUUACUUCAUAUCUUGUAAUCAAAGAACUUUCAUUUUGGCUUUCUUGCCAAUUCUGAUGGAUCACUGUAUUAAAAAGAAUUCUUUUGUUAGGGCAAACCAUUUACCGCCGUAGAACCUGGAACAAGCAUUAACAACCUGUGUGCUUACCCGAACUCAGGUGGGUUUGAAAGUGGAAACCUUUCUAUAAAUUCUACCAACAAGCGGCAUUCUUGUUUAUUGUAUGUGAAUGAUGACACUACCUGAAUAAAAUAAACACACUUCGACAUUUUGAGCGAAACCGAAGGCCCUUCGUCUUCAUUGCUAGUUAUAUAGUAAAAAGAGUUUCAUGAUUUCAAACAGUUUUUAUUAACCUUUGAUAUUUUCUGUCACUUUAAGGCUUGAUAUUUAUGGCAACAGAAGCACCGAAAAUGCUCAUUUAUUAUAUUCCUGUAAGAAUAUGAUCUGUAAAUAUAAACUGUGUAUAGUUGUUUUUAUAGUUUGAAAGAAAAUUUUAGGUGCACAAUCAAUGUGGAUUAUACACUCAGAGUAACAUCAAAAACAUUAUAUUCACCUGAGUAUAUAACAUCAAAACACACGCAAAAAUAUCAUGAUCAUAGAACACAUUGGUACUAGACUUUAGUUCCGAAAUACCACACACUCGAACAGACUUAGCCUGGUAGCUCAGUUGGCAGAGCAUUGGACUAGCAUCCCAAAGGUCGCGGAUUCGAUUCCCACCGUGGUUAGGCUAACUUUUCCGCCUGCCCGGUGUGGAGAUACACUCAGAGUAACAUCAAAAACAUUAUAUUAACCUGAGUACAUGACAUCAAAACACACACAAAAAUAUAAUGUUUUUCUUGUUGUUUCCAGUCCUUGGGUCCUGCUCCAAAAUGGUGCUCGUUUCUUGACAGUCUAACUGAAGAAUUAGAAGAGGAUUCUCAACCAGUCGGUACGGUGGAUUCACAUUCUGUAUUUUUGCGCAUUGCUCAACUUAACUAAAUAUUUUUUAAAUAAAUAAAUUUAGUUUAUGACGAUUACAAGUUUGUAACGAAGCAAGAUUUGGCAAGCUUAGGAUUGUCACAUUUAAUGGGUACCAACCUACUACGUGCGUACAUGCAUGGCUUCUUCGUCGACAUCAGGUUGUAUCAUAAGGUAACUUGGUUAAAUACAUUCGUUGCUCGUUCAUAAAUUACAAAGAUAACAAGAGAUACUUAGGGCGUUCACUGGAAUAACUAUACGUGAUUUUUUUACUCCAUAUUCUGGUAAAUUUUGCGAUGUUUGUAUUUCCAGGCCAAGGCAAUUGCGGAGCCGUUUGCUUACGAAGAAUAUCGUAAAAAUCUGAUCAAAAAGAAAAUUGAAGAAGAACGAGAAAACAGAGUUGUUGCAAAGGUUCUCCAUCGCCUGUUCCUUGACAUUUAGAUCUUUGUUAGUACUAACUUCCAGAUGAAGCUCGAAACGUCGAACACAGACAGUUCAAAAUCUUCUUUUACACCGUCCUUUAAUCUUUUCUUCAGUCUCCCUUCUGUCUCGCUCUAUCUUGCUUUUUUCUUCUUUUUUUAAAUUUAAAACAUUUAAAUACAUUUACGCCAAGAGCUUAGAGCUCAUCGAGGGGGUUCAUGCUAACAUAAAUUGCAAUAUUAUAUUACAAUUACCACCACAAGUACAGACAAAAAAGGAUCUCUUGGCAAUUGCAUAAACAUCCUAUGCGAAACGUGCAGAACUACCAAUAUAGCAUUGUACUUCAGAGAAAAGUGCAGCAUUUACUUCAAAACUUAGAUUUCUUGAACCAUGUAAUAGAUUGUCCACUUGUUGAGAGAUAUUCAAAACGUUCCAUACAUUUCCAGCAAGGCACAUGAGGUAAGCAUUGAAGCACGCAGAGAAGCAAAGCGAGGGCAAAAUAAUAAAUAAUGAGUUACAUCUUCACUAACUAACUUUACUCUUAUCUUGCUUUGCAAUGUCUACCAGCCCAGAUCUCUCUCUUCACCCUUUUGUAGAUUUUACAUUUCAGGUCAAUGAAAAGAUUGUUCUUGUUUACUCGUUUAGAAAUUACCGAAGGUCAAUCGUCAACUGGCAGAAAAAUUGUUGGAUGAAGCCUCGGAGAAUAAGGACAUUGGCAAAGUAAGGAAAGAUUAAGGAAAAUUACCUCGAGAUCGAAGAGUCAGACCACUUCAUUUUUCUGUCAUUUUACACAGGUUGACGUCAGCAAUCCUCUGGGAGAUGAUCGUUUUGCCGCCAUAUUUACCAACCCAGAUUUCGAAGUUGACGAGAGCAGUGAGGUCAGCUGCAUAGUUUUUACACGAAUGAAACAUUCUAAUAGACAACCAAGUGAUUUUUUCGAUUGCUGCAAUAUUUUCUUUCUUUUAGCAAUACCAACUUCUUCAUCCGAUCAUUUCCAAACGCGACAAAGAAAGGCAAGAUAAAAAGAAAGAAAUGGAAAAGAAGCUGGAAGAUUUCAACGAAAUUUCGGUAAAUGAUUUAUUUAAAUAUAUAGUCAUGUUCUCACGAAAAAAGUCCGUAAAAUAGUGCCAUCGGACCGUACACUAUGCGAACCUAUUUUUCAGAAAAAGUUCACAAAAAGUAUAUAUCAUUUUGAUCAGCGCAUCGAGAUAGAUAGUUCUAGCUAUACACGAAUAACACUUUGUCUGAAAAGUGGUUUCUUCUGGCUGAAGAACUUACACACAGUAAAAUACUUCAUGUUAGGAUGGUGAAGUAGAAGGUGUUGGUAGCGAUGACGAAGAGUCGAGUUCUGAUGACGAUGAUUAUAAAUGGAGACAGGAAUAUAAGAAACUGCAGAAAGAAAAACAAACUUCAAACCAGCAGCCAAAGUUUUAUGAACUGAAGUCUGGGGAGGAGUUCACCAGCAUGAAACAACAAGGCGAUGAAAAACGAAAGAAAACGUGGGUAGAUUUCGUGCUUAUUGACAAAAUUGUAGUUUGUAUAUUCAGGGACAUUUAAAUUAUAUAUUUUAGGGUUGCACUUGGAGAUCGAUUGGAUGAAGGACUGGAUCCUAGUAUUAUAAAAUCCAGUGGAUCAUCGCUUGGCGGGAAGGAGAUCGUGUUUAAACUUAGCAAGGUAACGUGUUUGAAUUGAAUAAAGUUGGUUUAGUUUAGGUUUCCUCCGGUAGUAAUACUGGAUCAAUAAAGGAUGGUCCUUAUUGGACCUCUAGGAAGAACAGUUUAGAGCUGAUAGAGCUAUUCAGUAUAAAUAAAGUUAGUUUAGUUUAGGUUUCCUCUUGUAGUAACACUGGAUCAAUAAGAGAUGAUCCUUACUGGACAUCUAGGAAGAACAGUUUAGAACUGAUAGAGCUAUCCAGUACAAAUAAAGUUAGUUUAGUUUAGGUUUCCUCUUGUAGUAACACUGGAUCAAUUAGAGAUGAUUCUUACUAGACAUCUAUGAAGAACAGUUUAGAACUGAUAGAUCCAGUAUAAAUAAAGUUAGUUUAGUUUAGGUUUCCUUCGGCAGUAACACUGGAUCAAUAAGGGAUGGCUCUCACUGGACUCUAGGAAGAAUAAUUAAGAACUGGUAGAGUGGUCCUGUGCAAAUAAAGUUAGUUCAGUGUAGUUAUUUUUUCCCUAUCUCCCCAGAACCAACGUGAGAUCGAGGAGGAAGAUGCGGCAAAAGCUCACAGGAAGGAGAGACAGAAAGUACGUCGAUCCGCCAAAUCUAUUUUACCCAAAGAAAAACGUGCCGUGUUCUGGAGGGGGAAGAGAGUGAGGUGAUCACGUGAGUAACGUCAUAAGUCAUGUAUGACGUCACUAUGUCACGUCAUGUAUGACGUCAUCAUGUUACGUUAUCAUGUUUCGUCAUAUACGACGUCAAAGUACAUUAAUGUACGUAGGACAGGGAUUUUUUGUGAAAGAUUGAAGAAAUGCUGGACAUGAAUGAGGUGCCUAUAUACCAAGCAUAGUUUUAAGACUCAAUAUACUCUUCACAAUUUACUGGAGAUGAUCAAUAAUGGUAUUAUUAAUCUAUGUCCAUUGGAAAACGCUAUCAAGCAUUUGUGGUACAACCGACCCCAGAAUCCCAGAUAGCCGCUAUCACUGAACGAACAAUGCAAAGAGUCUCUACAGUACAUUUGAUGAACAACCAAACUAUGUAAAACUUUGCAUAGAAUACAAAUCUGUUAUACUUUUAUCUCUGAAAGGUUACUUAGUCUUUGGAAGGGAAGGGAAGGCAUAUGUUUUACACAUGUGUAGGCGUUCUAUAGAGUCCUGUUUGCAAGUCCUCAAAAAAAUGAUUUUUUCAUUUGAUUUGUUAUUUCAGCAGCUACAUUGUGACAGUCGUUCUUGUUAUUCAAUUUCAAUGUUUGCAUUGAUAUUAAUGGCGGUUCAUAGGACUGACUAUAGUUUGUUGUUCAAACCCCUUUGGAGCCAAGAACUGUCCAAUCCAUUCAUCAUAAUUAAGUCUUAACAAAACCAAGUCUCAUUAUUUACAGUGCAUGCUAUAAAGAUACAGUAUUAUCCAAUUUUCAUGCUGCCAAAGUACUGGAUCAGUUCAUCAUAAUUAAGUUGUAAUGAAACAUGUGCCAUUCCUAAAGUAAAAAUAGUUCAUCAUAAUUAAGUCUUAACGAAUCUUGUCUCUUGCUUAAGUAAGGCAUACAUGACUCUAGUUUUCACGAAAACAGUUUUAAGUAGAUGCUUUAUAAUAUACAUGUUAUACAACGUUUUUGAUUGGCAGAAAUGCAUGCUCAAUAACUCGAUUGAACACGGCGAAAAAGCACGGAAAAUGUUUUUCUCUUUUCUGGGAAAUAUUUCCUCGAGAAUUUCAUCCAGCAUGAUCUGGUAGAGGGGGUGCUCUUCCAGCUCUGGUGCCGAGUUGUGUCGGUCAUGUGUGCCGCCCGCCCAUCAACUUGCUUCACUACUGCAAGGUCUUGCUUGACUACUGUAUUUGAAUUGUAAUUGUUGUUCACAGUUCGCUUAUCAUCAUGUUAUUGCUCAAAUUACUGUAUCUCAUUUUGUCUCUAAUAAUUUUUUGCUUUAUCAUGAAGAAUAGCACUCUCCCUGCUCCCCCUCUGGCCAGGGCUAGGGGGGUGCACCCCCCCCCCAGUAAAUCCAUCCCUGGUUUUAAUCAGUAAAAUAUAACUUGUUGAAUACAAACCAACUUAGCUUUAUAAAAUUUACACUUCUACAAUUCAUAAAAUCAACCAUGUAGCAUUAAUUACACGAACAAUUGCAAAUCUAACUCGUUUAUUGUCUUUAAUAUUUUGCGUUUUUAGCAUGC